AGAAGCGGGAGGCUGCAGGCCGGCUGGCCCCGAGAGCGAUGGAAGCGGCGACAGGCGAGAGCGGCGAGCAGGCCCUCGAGAGCCGUAAGCGGAAGAUGUCGCUGCGGAGGUGUGAAAUCUGUAACACGGAAGAAGCAAAAUAUCGAUGCCCUCGUUGUAUGAAAUACUCGUGCAGUUUACCUUGCGUGAAAAAACAUAAAACAGCUUUCAGCUGUAAUGGAGUUAGAGAAAAGACAGCAUUUGUUUCCAUGAAUGAGUUCGAUGAUUUAAAUCUUCUGAGUGAUUAUCGGUUUCUGGAAGAUGUAGGAAGACUGGCUGACAGUGCUGCUCGAGAUGAUACUUCACAUAAACCCAAAACCAAUAAAUUUGUCAACUUUUUGAAAAACAGAGCACGAAGGUACAACAUUUGCCUGCAAACGUUACCAAUUGGAUUCACAAAGAGGCGAGAGAAUUCUACAUUUUUUAACAAUAAACAACACAAGUUCUUUUGGCACUUGAAGCUGAUAUUUCCUCACAGUCAUGCUAAAUUCACAGAAAAAAGGGUGCCAGAUGAUAAGCUGUUGUGUGACAUUCUUAAGCCCUACAUUGAUCCUCAAGAGUCUAAUCCUGUCAUUCAUCAAAGAUUAAAAAUCUACACAAUGUCCCCUCAAUCAGACAUACAAAUUCUAAUGAAAGUAGAAAACAGGCCGCACAGUUCCAUCAGGUAUGAAGAACUAGAUGCCAACAAAGGCCUUCAAGACAAUUUGAAAGGGAAGGUUGUCAUUGAAUACCCAACUUUGCACAUAGUUUUGCAAAAGGUCAAGACAGAUAUGGUGAUUCUUGGCCACGAUGCCAGUAAAUCCAGUAAAGACUUGAUUAAGGAAAGUUCAUCUGAGGAAGAAGGCGAAAUCCAUGAUAGCUCCUGAAGAAGUCAAAUCAGAUGCGCGGUUGGAGCAGCUUUUUACACCUGAUCUUUGAAGAUAUAUUCAACAGAGAUAAUAGUUUUGAACAUCCAUUUUUAAUAAUAUCCCAAAUCUAUAAUUGAUGGAAAGCAUUACAAUGUGUUUAUGUACACGCACCUAAUAAAGAUUAAGGAACCUAA